ACUGAGAAGGGGCUGAGGCUGGAGAGAGUGGGGGGAAGUCUGCAGGGACAGACAUCCUCCAGGGUCCAGAAUCCAGAGCAGCUCCUCCUGCCUGCCGGGAAGGACUCUGAGCACUGCUGCCCUUCUUGGCCACUGAGGCUCAAGCCAGAAGCCCAGGGUGUUUGCUGUUGGUGACAGAGCCACGAAGCUGGUAGCUCUGGGACUCCCUGCCCAUCUUCUUCUCCACUCCCGGCAUGGAGGAAGGUGGAGAUUUCGACAGUUAUUAUGGGGCAGACAACCAGUCUGAGUGUGAGUACACGGACUGGAAGUCCUCGGGGGCGCUCAUCCCCGCCAUCUACAUGCUGGUCUUCCUCCUGGGCACCACGGGCAACGGCCUGGUGCUCUGGACGGUGUUUCGGAGCAGCCGGGAGAAGAGGCGCUCAGCUGACAUCUUCAUCGCCAGCCUGGCCGUGGCCGACCUGACCUUCGUGGUGACCUUGCCACUGUGGGCCACCUACACGUACCGGGAGUAUGACUGGCCCUUUGGGACCUUCUCCUGCAAGCUCAGCAGCUACCUCAUCUUUGUCAACAUGUAUGCCAGCGUCUUCUGUCUCACCGGCCUCAGCUUCGACCGCUACCUGGCCAUCGUGAGGCCAGUGGCCAAUGCCCGGCUGAGGCUGCGCGUCAGCGGAGCGGUGGCCACGGCCGUCCUGUGGGUGCUGGCCGCCCUCCUGGCUGUGCCCGUCAUGGUGUUCCGCUCCACCGGGAACUUGGAGAAUAGCACCAAGGUGCAGUGCUACAUGGACUACUCCAUGGUGGCCACCUCGGGCUCCGAGUGGGCCUGGGAGGUGGGCCUGGGGGUGUCGUCCACCGCCGUGGGCUUCGUGGUGCCCUUCACCAUCAUGCUCACCUGCUACUUCUUCAUCGCCCAGACCAUUGCCGGCCACUUCCGCAAGGAGCGCAUCGAGGGCCUGCGGAAGCGCCGCCGGCUGCUCAGCAUCAUCGUGGUGCUGGUGGUGACCUUCGCCCUGUGCUGGAUGCCCUACCACCUGGUGAAGACGCUCUACAUGCUGGGCAGCCUGCUGCACUGGCCCUGCGACUUCGACAUCUUCCUCAUGAACGUCUUCCCCUACUGCACCUGCAUCAGCUACGUCAACAGCUGCCUCAAUCCCUUCCUCUACGCCUUCUUCGACCCUCGUUUCCGCCAGGCCUGCACCUCCAUGCUCUGCUGGGGCCGCAGCACAUGUGGGGCCAGCUCCCACAGCAGCAGCGGGGAGAAGUCCGCCAGCUACUCUUCCGGGCACAGCCAGGGGCCCAGCCCCAUUGUGGGGAAGGGUGGAGAGCAGACACAAGAGAAAUCCAUCCCCUACAGCCAAGAGACCCUUGUGGUUGACUAGGGCUGGAACCAGAGAGAAGCCUGGCUCCCCUGGCCUGUCCCAACCUCUGCUCUUGCUCUCUGCGAAUCAGGU